AUGAGCACCGAUGACCUUGCUCUCCUACUCAAGAAUUUUCUGGAAACCGAACACAAAGUAAUAUAUAGAGUAAUGGCAAACCAAGAUGAUAUAUUAGAUGACGUUUGGGGUUCAGAUUCCGACUCUGAGAUGUUAUCAAACGAAAAUGCUGGUUAUUCUCGUGAUCUCCAAAAACUUAGGGAACAACACAAUAAACGAGGGUACUUGGAUGGAAUUGUAAGUUCAAAAGAAACCAACCUGCAACAAGGGUUCAAUGCUGGAUUUCCUACGGGGGCAACAAUAGGAUUUGAGAUUGGAAGAUUGCUAGGUAGGUUGCAAACUUUAAACUAUAAAUAUGGACAGGAAAAUGAACAGCUGAAAAAAGAUUACAGUCAAGCUCUAAAUGACUUAAAGAUAGGUAAUAUGCUAAGUAAACAUGUAUUCGAUACAGAUUACCAAUUACCUGAGGAUGGAAAGCACCCAAUAUUAGAAGAAUGGAAGAUAAAGGUCUCAUCGUAUAGUGCCCAAUACAAUAUCAUCAGGAAGUAA